ACAUGUUCCUGGUGGACAUUGAGCUCAUAUUCCAGAAGUUCUGGUCCACGCACGAGUUCCUGUCAGACAACCAUCACCUCAACAGGGACGCAAAUUAUCAGGUUCUGAAUUUGUAUCUGAAUCUGUUGCGCAAUAAGAGGCGCCACACACCGCAGGAGCAGCCCGUCAGCCGGGCCCUUAAGAUUCUUUGAUCUAUUCUUGAUCUGGAACUUCAUGGCGAGGUUUAGCCAUGUCUUUUAGCUUUUCUUGCCAUACGUGGAGACAAUCAUUCGGCAAGAAUGCUGGCAACUAGGUUGUGCUAUUGCACUUUUUGUUGCAUCAAUAGCACAUUGGCAUUUGAUUAGGAGCCCAAGUCCUAGGAGGGCGAGGAUGACAUCUGUGUCCACAGCACGAUGUCAGGUUGGCGAAAUAAUUUGAGAAUAAUCGCUCGCACGAUCCCUUUGGAUGGCCUGAAGAUUAGGAACGCUAGAAUUGAGAGGAGGGGGGCCAAGAGUUUGCCAGAACAGUGCUCAUCUAGCAAUAUCCCCAUUGCACCAGCUGUCUGAGUAGGUGAAACAGAUUGGCAUUUCACUUUCAUUGAAUAAGGGUACUAGGCGAGGUUGCGUGACUCUCUCUGUGCUUACAAGCCACUGGAUGCAGUCCGUAUUUGCAUUCCAGCGUGAUAGCGCUAUUAUUAUUAUUAUUACACGCUUUUCCUGCCAAGAGGCAAGGUGCGUCCUGCAGACAAGCUGCAAUUAAAGGCUGCCACAAUCCUACCCUUGUUGGACUCGCCAGAUCCAAGCAAGACCCAAUCAACCGUGGGCACUAUAGCGCUAUAUAUAUCAUAUAUAUCAUAUAUAUAUCAUAUGGCUGUCAUGUGCUCACCUGAAGCAAAGGUGCCACUAAUCCUGGGCACAUGUGUACACCUAACAUCAAGAUACCGAGUAAGCAUGUACAUUGUAAACAGGAUAACACAAAUCCUGCUGGACAACAUUGACUGCAAUGGUCAAUUCAAGCAGUGCGCAUGCAACGGAAACUCCACUUCAGUCACUUUGGCGUGAAUAUAAUCCAUAUUAGGAACUUUCCACUAACCAUCCACACGACAUGGCACAUUUGCAUACACAUAUAUUGCACAGUGAGCUGCCCAACCUUUCUCCUGCAAGGCACUGCAUGCUCAUGUGAAUAAUGCUCAACCAAGACAAGGAAAAAGUGUGCACAUCCCGGACUGGGGGCACAUUAGUUUUAACUAAUGAUGUGUAAAUCACUCUAGCGGCAUUGCAGGAUGAAUCCUUUAUUUUCAGACACAAGAAAAGGCGGCUGAAAGUCAUGCAAUCAGAUAAGAAGAUAGCUGGCUCCCGCAUGCCCACACAAUCCCAUGGUUUGUGCAGCCAAGAAAGAAAUUUGGCGUUAGAAGGCCACAAGCUUGACUGAUGGCAAUACUUAGAUAACACACUGCAAAACCAGGCAGUUAACCACACAAGGUGUGGCCCAACGCUCACAAUUUAUCCCAGCGUGCACGGCACGCAUGCAGCCAAUAAUGCGGCAAAAAGCUUUGCAUUCCCCUCGGGGCUUUACAGCACCCCGACCUGCUCGUUCGCUGUAUUGACUGCCCUCAUACUUCGCCGCAGCUCACAGUGUUAGCCCGAGGAAAAAGUCUUGCAUCAACUGCAGACAGCAGAGGAAAUAUGCUGAACCCGCGCAGCCUCAAGAACGCAAUACUUCUGAACCAUGCCGCUGGCUGACAUGCCAAGCUGCUUCCCUCGAAUUUCCACCUUGUACUAUGAAGACAUGCCUUCUCCAUUAACUCUCUGAAGCCCC